UAUCAAUCUGAGGCCACAUGAUUGCAGAUCGUCCAUAAAUGGAAAGCCACCACCAAACGAUCCACUCCACAGUCCACUGCCCACUCACUCAUCCUCUUCCUGCAAAUCGCCAUUGAUCAACAAUCCAAGGCUCCAACAAUGGGCGAGCAGCCAGCUACCAUCCCACUGCUGACCCCGUACAAGCUGAGCCCGGGGCUGGAGCUCGCCCACAGGAUCGUCCUGGCGCCGCUGACGCGGCAGCGGUCCUACGGCAACGUGCCGCAGCCGCACGCCGCCGUGUACUACGCCCAGCGCGCCACCGCCGGCGGGCUGCUCAUCACCGAGGCCACGGGGGUGUCCGACACGGCGCAGGGGUACAGCGACACGCCGGGGGUCUGGACGGCGGAGCAGGUGGAGGCAUGGAAGCCCAUCGUCGACGCCGUGCACGCCAAGGGCGCCGUGAUCUUCUGCCAGAUCUGGCAUGUCGGGAGGGUGUCGACGUUUGAGUUCCAGCCGGAUGGCCAGGCGCCGGUUUCUUGCACGGACAGGAAGGUCAGCCCCCAGAUGAGCUUCGAUGGGCGGCUCGAGGAGUUCUCGCCGCCUAGGAGGUUGGCGGUGGAGGAGAUCCCUGGGAUCGUCGACGAUUUUAGGAAAGCCGCCAGGAAUGCCAUUGAUGCUGGGUUUGACGGCGUGGAGAUCCAUGCCGCCAAUGGGUACCUAAUUGAGCAGUUUCUCAAAGACAGUGCCAACGACCGCAGUGACGAGUACGGUGGUAGUCUCGAGAACCGGUGCCGCUUUGCACUUGAAAUCGUCGACGCUGUCGUGAAGGAGGUGGGUGGAAACCGUGUAGGCAUCCGCCUAUCCCCCUUCACUGACUACAUGGAUUGCCAUGACUCUGACCCGCACGCCCUGGCCCUCCACCUCGCUACCAAGCUCAACGACCACGGCAUUCUCUACGUCCACAUGGUCGAGCCGAGGAUGGCCAUCGUCGAUGGCCGGCGGGUGGUGCCGAAGCGGUUGCUGCCGUAUAGGGAGGCGUUCAAGGGCACGUUCAUCGCCGCUGGUGGGUACGAUCGGGAGGAAGGGGACAAGGUGGUCAGCGAGGGGUACACUGACCUCGUCGCAUUCGGACGGUUGUUUCUAGCAAAUCCGGACCUACCAAAGAGGUUCGAAGUCGGGGCGGCGUUGAACAAAUACAACAGGAUGACCUUCUAUAUCUCCGACCCCGUAAUCGGCUACACCGACUAUCCAUUCCUCGACUGAUCGAGCUACUUUUCUACCAAUUUUACGUGCUAGUGCAAUUCUGUUGUGUCACGUGUCGAUUGGAUGCAUUCUUGUGUGUUGUGUUUUCCUCCAAAAAUAAUGGAUCCAUAUCCAUCCAUGUGUGAUUGUAGCUUCGAAUCGAAUAAAUUCAAAUUAAGGCGUCCUGUUCUGUUCC